CCGUAUUAUUUCUCACGUGACAUCGAACUUGCAGUGACAACACCUGCAGCACGUGCAGCUCCAGAGGUGACACUCAGAAGAAGUUCAGCAGAAAUGGCUGCUUUGUCUGAGGUUUUGACGUUGCUGACGUUUCUGUCCACGGCUUAUUCCCAAAUGCCUCCGGAAGCUCAGGUGCCAAAGGAUUAUAUCGUUGAUGUUAAACAGGAGUGUGGGAAAGAGGGCACCCAGAGCAAAGUUUGUGUGAUGACCGACCUCACGGUGUUCAUUCAGCUGGAGUGCAAGGGAGGUAAUCUGUACAACUUCACAUCGGUCAACUCCGUAAACCACUGUGCUGAUGUGUACUUCACCGGCGACGAGAACAAGAGAUGUGUUUAUCCGAAACGUCACGAUCUGAGGUUGUACUGUGUAAAGGUUCUGGUAAACGUUGUCAACAAGGAGGGGUCGUCGGUAGGUAUCAACAGACUGCUCCGCUACACCAUGACCUGCACCUACGACGAGAACGGCGAGCAGAAGUCCGGCAACAGUUCCAUAGUUGAGCAGUACCAUGCGCCCAAGGGUGUCAACGGUCAUGCCGGCUCCAAAACAAAGAUGGGGGUGACUAUUCUGCUGACUGAUAUCCGCGGCGUCCCUCUCACCUCUGGGGUUCCAAUAGACAAAACUGUGUGUCUGAAGGUCGUGCUGGACAACAGUACUGGUUUACUGGUGGGCUCCAAGCCCCUCACCCUGUUCCCAGUGUCUUGUGAAGCUAUUGGGGCUACUACAGGCCAGAGACACGCCUUCAUCAGAUCUGGAUGUGGGGACGGCAUCAUUAUCAACAAAACCACCGGUUUUUCUAUGAUGCCCCGGGCCGCCCUCAGCCCUUACUUCAAGUUCUUCGCGUUAGAAAAUGACAAUAGCUUCAGUAUCAUGUGCAACUUCACCCUGUGCUCCAACUGUGUGGGAAAGAACUCCUGUAGUGGCGCAGCAGCCAAACCCAGAAGUAUAUUCAAACUGUUCGGGAAGUGGAUUGAAGCUGGCAACAGACUCAGAAGGGAAGCUCCAGCUGAGAACGCAUACCCAGGUCUGACCUUGCUGGCCGAGGAGGACUUCAAUGUCGCAGAUGAGGGAAGACUUGACAGUAACCCUGACAGUGACAGGAAGUCAUGAGAAAACCACUGCCAUUAAAAAGAUAAAGCCAG